GAUUACAGCUUACGUCAGAGUUGGCCAUUGGCUGGUCACAUUUGGCAGCGGUUGCCACAGCGCACCUGACCACCAAGGCGGGUGGCAAAGUGUUUAAAACCAAGCACACCGCACCACCAGAAGACAGUACAGAAAGUGCAAUCAAACCCCACUCACUACCCACAGUUCAAUCAGACAGCCCCAGCAACGACAUGGCUCUACUCAAGACUCUCAUCAUCAGCUGCGCUCUGUUCGCUGUCAUCGAGUGCGCCCUGGUUCCGGCGGUGCCCGUCAACACAGACUUCGACCCUCAUCCACAGUACGCGUACGCCUACAACGUGCAGGAUGCCAUCACGGGAGACAGCAAGAGCCAACAGGAGGUGCGCGAGGGCGACGUGGUGAAGGGCUCCUACUCGGUAGUCGAUGCCGAUGGCUCGCUGCGCACCGUUUUCUACACCGCCGAUCCCAUCAACGGCUUCAAUGCGGUGGUGCAGCGCGGCCCAGUGCCAGUGCCAGUGGUGGCAGCAGCCCCACGCCCCGUCGUGCCCGCUGCCCCGUUCCUGGGCUGAGAGGCAACAGCUGCCGAUCUUAGCUUGUAGAUAAGUUAUUGUCUGUUACUGUUCUGUAGAUCUAACCGCACACUCGUAAAUCAUCCAAUAAAUCCAGUUAGCCAAAGAGAACAAACAACGUGGCUAAUUGCUGGGACACCUGGCUGCGGAUACUACCAGCUAUCGGUCGAACGCUGACAAAUGGCUCCAGUUCGAGCCAAUUUGCAUGAGAUAUGUAAGAGAUUGCAUUGCUAUUCAACUGGGGUCCUGAGAUACACAGAAAUCGAGC